AUGGUUGAGUUGUCAUCGGAACGUGGGAGAUCAUCCACUUGCGAAGGUGCAAAUUACACCAUGAAUAAUUCCACAAGCAACUAUUCCGCUCGACUGCGCAGUCGCACAAAGCAGCCCGUCUACACUUCAGACAAAAGAGCCAAAUGGAUCCGGUUCGUCACUGUGCUCGGAUACAUUUUCUUCGUUUCCCUACCGGCAGUAUCUCUUAGCGUCUACUAUAUCUACAUAUGGGAUCCGGGAUACAUUAACAAGUUUCCGCCGGAAAUCGCUAACAGCUCGUUUCCAAUCCACAAAGCUACUAUCCAGUCGACGAGGCUCGAGAGAAAUGUGAAUGCCGUGAUCAUGACCUCGCUGAAACCUCCAGCUCAAGAGCAGGGAGCACCGCCUCUACCGUCCGAAUCUCCACAUAGACCUGAUUUGGCUGCAAUACUGGCUGAAGGUUAG